UUAUAGCACCGUUCCGCACCGAAAAAAGAAAUCCCCGCUCCGAACUUCCCCGAUUUAUUUUGAUCAGUGAAGGUUUGUGUUGCCUUCGAUUAGAAUGUGAUUGUGGAUAGAAAACAAACGGGUAAUCUGGUGAUAAACCGGGGCUAACUGGAUUUUGAACCCGGGUAAUGGAACAGCUUUCGAAAUCAACCUAUAGAGGAAGUGACUGACGCGUAACCCCCUCCCUGUUUGUGAACGUACUCUUGCAGACUCUGCCGUGUUUGUCGCGUCGCCAUUUUCCCUCUGAGGAAUUCACAUGGGGGAAAAAAAGGAUCGCAAAAAAAUAUAUUUGUGAAACGUUCCCAAUUUACCAAAGGAUACUAGCAAUAAUUUUGUGUGAAAGGCCCUGGGUAUGAUGACACCCUUUUACAACGCAGCUAAUUUUUCGUUACAAAGAAUGUAAACAAUAACGUUUAACGUGGAGUGAAUGUCACGAUGUUGGUCUUUGUAAACGCUUUCGGUUCAAGAGGACCUACUGGGUGUGUUGGACUAGUGCAGGAGUCUGGCUGGAUGACUGCGGACAAUUUCCUUGUUUCCAUUAAGCAUUUUCAUGAAAUUGUGAAAUCAACAAAGGAAAAACCAGUGUUGUUGAUAUUCGACAAUCUUUGCAGUCACAUGGACUAUAGUGUACUGAAAUUUGCAAAGGACAAAGGUCCGUUUAAGAGCGGCCUUAAAAAAUCUCACAAUCAAUGGAUACAAGCUCAUCCAGGAAAAAGAAUUAGCAUAAAGGAAGUUGCUCAUCUUUGUAGAGUGGAGAAAAUUAUACCUGCUAAUAUAGCACCAGGAUUUCUACAAACCGGAAUUUAUAAAUUUAACAGAAAUGUUAUUCCGGAAACACGCUACGCCCCAGCAAGUGUAACCGACCAGCCAGAAUUUGAAAGACGCGCUUCUUCCGACGAUCCAACUGAACCCAGGAUGACACAAGAUGUUACUUCACACCCGGAUGGUAUAUUCGACAUGGAAGAGACAAGAGAACGACUACAAAUUAGCGAAGAGCCUGCAACUCCAAGGAUUAAUCUCACUGAUAUAAGACCACUUCCAAAGGUCAGUCAGACCACCCCAAAAACCCACAGGAGAAAAAAACAACUUAGAAGACUUGGACGAACCAGAAUUUUAACGAAUACCCCGGAGACGAAUAUCAUAGCUGAACACCAUAAAAGACAAACGGAGAAGAUAGGAAAAAGUAGACGUCGAUUACAACCAGCAACUGAAAAAAUUAAAAAUCAAAAAAGGAAACUUAAGAAAAGGAGCUACAUUGCAACCACAUCUGAUGACGAUUCUUCAGUUCAGGAAAACAUGAAUGUCCCAAGCCCGAAAUCCAAAUUCAAAAAAAAAAAAAAAAAUCGUGAAAAAGCAAAAUGACAGUGAGCCGAAAGAUGACGAGGAAUUAAUUGAAACAGAUGCGAUUUCAGGAGGAAUUAGAACGAGGACUUGUCGCUUAGCGAAGCCAAGCAUCUAUCGUUCUAUCGGAGUUUAUAGACAAGUCAUCUUUUUCGGUACAAGCAAGUCAGGUGUCCAAAAUAUUGCAAUAACUAAUCAAUCUCAAUUUUCGUGUUUCAAAAACUGUGUUCAUUGAUCCUACAAAGAUAUGCAGAGCUGUUUCGUACGUAAUAUUUCAAUGUCAUGUAGCCAAGAAGAAGUAUGAUGCUGUUUCUUUAAUUCAUUAUGAUUACACA